AUGUAUUUUCUUUCUGACAACAGUUUUUUCUGUCUCGUUUUCUUUCGCAUUUUAUGCUAUAUUUAUAUACUUUACUUUUCACGUUUUUCUUUUAUAUUUCAUGCUAAGAUUCUUUCUUUCUUUCUUCUUUAUUUCAUAGUCUUUCUUUCUUUUGACGACGUGUUUAUUUAUUAUUUCUUUCGUUCUUUCUUUCCUUUUGUUUUAUGCUAUUUUUCGUUGACUGCGUUUCUCUUUCUUUCCCGCAUCUGUUCCAUGUUUUAUAUCUUUCUUUUGACUGCAUUUUCUUUCUUUCUUCCUUUCUUUCUUUCUUUCUUUCUUUCUUUCUUUCUUUCUUUCUUUUUUUAUACCCUCCUUUUUUUCUUUUCACUACAUUUAAACUUCUUUCUUUAUUUCCCCCUCCCUUUUCUUCUUUAUUUUUUAUUUCAUAAUUUCAGUGUCUCUUUCUUUAUUUUGUCUUCAUUCUUUCUUUCCUGUUUUAUGCUUUGUUUCGUGACUUUGACUGCAUUUCUCUCUCUUUUAUUCAGUUAUUCAUUCUUUUUUUCUUUUUUUGUUUCUUUCGUUUUGUUUAAUGGGAUUUUUUCUUUUCACUACAUUUUCUUCAUUUCUUUCUUUUUUUGUUUUGUCUGUAUCAUUCUUUCUUUCUUUUUUUUACAUUCCUUUUUUUUUUAUUUGUACGUUCUUCCUUGCAUCAUUAUGGUUUAA